AUGGGCGGUCCUAGCCAUGCGUCACCCAGGCGUAGCUACCAAAGAGCUGCUCAACCACAAGGUGAUGUGCCUCAAGAGGAGGUUCCUAACUUUGAUGAUUACCCUCCACUCCAACCCUACCGGAAGUAUAUCAUGCACAGACCGGAGUACACAAGGAUCAACUUCGGUGACCCUGGAGUGAAGCGAGUGGAUUACACCACAAAGCAAAGAGGUGCUGCAUUUAAGGAAAGAAAGGAAAAUCCUUAUGAUUAUGAGAAAUACAUCACGGAUAGGAGGUUUUGGAGCAAAUUUCAAGCUGAUUGGUACAUAUCCGUCUUUAUUGAGAAGAAGAAUGCUAUCACCAUCUCCAAGUUCAUCAAUUGGGCUGAAAUGAGUGAGAAAAAUAAUCCAACCUUUGACUUGGUCAUAAGUGAAUGUGAGGGCAAGAAUUCCUUUAUUCACUUCAAUCUUCAAGGGCGCGCCUUCUGGGUUUCAUACAAGCAAUUUGCUACUAUCCUUAAGCUUGAUGACACUCUAGAUGAGAUGGAAAUUCACGAUGACAUCAAUCCAACGGAUGAAGCUCUUAUGACUCUCUAUCGGGAUGAGGAUCCGGAUAUAGCGACGACUCAUGGACUACGUCCAUAUAUGGAGAUCAUGAACAGGAUAUUCCGGGAGACCUUGACUCCCAAGAGGGGUGAUCGCACCAAGAUUCAUGGUACGGUCAAGUUGCUUCUUCUAGCUAUGGACUUUGAUCACCCGCCCUUUAGUGUCUUUCACUUUUUCUGGACGGAGUUGAGGUACAUGCUCCAUCAUGGCAGUAAUCCAGUUAUCUAUGCUCCAUACAUUCAAAGGAUGAUUAAUGCCGUGACUGGAAUGGAGUUUGGAUAUGAUGCGGUCCAUGCCCCAUAUUGCCCACAGCCUCCCAAGGAGCAAGAGUUUCCACCAGAGGGCGAGUCUCCCCCAUCAGCUCACUCUCCACCCCAGCCCACUAUGGAUAUGCCCUCCACCUCGGCGAUGCCUUCCUCUUCUAGGACUCGUCCUCGCAGGAAAGGCAAUGCCUUUAUUUCUGGCUUGAAAGCUCUCUUCAAAGUAUGCCGCAACACCAACGAUGUAGUUCGUGCUCACGCUCGGGCAAAUCAGCAGAGUAUCAACAGGAUUGAGCGCCACCUUGGCAUUGAGGAGACGGAUUGGCCCGCAUUUCCACCUUCUCCUCCUAGGGACUUUCCAGCUGCGUGGGAGCAUUAUGAUGUAGGUGAUGAUGAUGAUGAUGAUGAGGAGGAGGAGGAGCAGGCGCUCCCGGAGGAGGAGGAGCAGGCGCUCCCGGAGGGGAGGACGAGCAGGCGGACGAGGUGGUCCACCAGGAGGGGCCAGGGGACGACGAGCAGGCGGACGAGGAGGGCACGGAGUCCUCUGCUUCGUCAACCGUCUACCAGCGAGGUCCGGCGAGUCUCCCCCAGCGACCGAUUCCUGAAGCAAAACGCCCGAUCAUAGCUCCCCAAGGGGAUAAGAACUGGAUAGUUGUGGAGAGGCCCGUUGGUGCUCACAGACGCCAUGUGAAUGGCAUCUUGGGUCUUCUGGUUAGGGAUCACUUCCCUGGCCUGGUCACGUUGGCCGGAGAGCCGUGUCCGGCCUAUACGUGGGAGCACUACCGGGCCGUCCCCGACAUGCGGGAUGUUGCCGGCAGACAGUGGCCCAACUUGGCUGAGCG